AUGAAAUGCGACAUGGGUGAGGAUGAGAAAGAGGAUAACUGGGUGAUCGACACCUCCGAUGACGGCUCGCCAGUCGCCUCAUGGGCUGAUCGGCCCAGGGACUCGUUCGAGUCGUCCCGUCAGGCCCGAUUGUGCAGGCUCCACGGUCAGACCAGCAGUAGCGACCUCGAGUCCGGCUUUCUGCACAGCCUUGCCGGCCUCUUCUCGACGCCCGAGUUGGCCAGACGCACCCUCCUCGGCUCGUUGCUCUCGUUCGCCUCCAACUUUCCUCAGUUCGGCGUCCUCCUCCACGCCGGUGUCGUCAACGCUCCGACCAAGUCGAGUCCCGACGCGGCGGCGACGGCGACGGCAGACGGCAAUCAAGUGUACCGAUUGACUCUGUUCAACUCACUCGCCUCGCUCAUGGCCGCCCUCGCCUCCCUCUUCAUGUACCGAGUCUUUCAGGCCAGACGUCCACCUCUGCUCCUCCUCCUCGCCGGCACCCUCUUGGCCACGCUGGCCGCCGGUCUCGUCAUUCUGCUGGCCGGGCCCAGACUGCCACGCCAGGUCGACAUGUUCGCGGUGCUCACGGCCACCUCGUCACUGGCAAUCGCCUGUCUCGACGCCGUCACAGAUCUCGAAAUGGUCUAUCUGGCCGAGUUGUUUCCAACGCGACAUCGAUCAAUUGGAUUCGGCGUCUGUCUGGCCGCCAUGCAGCUUGGCUCAAUGUCUGCCGCCCUCAUGAAUCGUCGGCCCGAUUUCACCCUCCUCCGACAUGUGGCCACGGGUCGACUGGUGCAGGUUGCGUCACAGCGUCACGAGGCGACAACGCCGCGUCUGGCCGGACAGACGGACGGACAAAUGGCGAUACCGUUGCUUGUCUAUGCGGCAUCUGCUGGACUCGGAUUAGUCGUCUGUCUUUUUCUGCCGGACACGCAUGGAGUCGGUCUGGACGACUCGAUCGGCAUGACAUCUUCCAGUGGAACUGCAACUUUUGGGAUGGUCGACCGAACCCGGGGGCAUAAAUGA